UCAAAGUUCACCCCAUUUUUUUCCCUGAUCACAGAAUGAAUAGAACUGUAAGGAACUAAGAACUGGCAAGUGGAAGAAAACAUGAUAGCUUUAAAAAUGUUAAUAUUUUUGUGGAUAUGUCACUUUGUUCUUCUCCAAGGUCCUGAGCCUAAGGAGAAUAGCAGUCUCUUUCUUCCCACCUUGGCAGAAUCCACAGGUAUAUCUAAACUAAUGAUUGCCACAAAAGAUUUCCAGAAUGAAAAACCAGACUUUCCUACUACCUCUUAUCCUACAGAAGAAAGACCAGCAGCAUUAACAGUGGCAGCAUUAAGUAUCAUCAUUUUCAUUGUCAUUCUGGUGGUGAUUGUAAUAAUCCUUGUCAGCGUAGUCAGCAUAACAUUCAAUGGCCGUCACUGCAAAAAGGUAACAGCUGUUCGGAUGCUGUUACUACAGUUGGCAGUAAGAAUGCUUUAUUGAUCUCUAUGAAGACUUAAAUGCAACCAGCCGCAAAAAUCUUGUGAAGGUCUCAUGAAGAAGCACUCAUGAAGAAUAGGAGGAACUAAACACUAAACACUUCAUUUUUAUUAUAUUCAGCAAAGCAUUAAGAUGUUAUCAUUUGGAAUAUAACUAUCUGAAUUGCAUUAUAAUCAGGUUUCAUACAGUAUUUGAAUGCAAAAGGGUAGUUUGGAUCCUGGGGGGCACAAACAUAACUUGUAUCUGUAAUUGUUUAAACUAGACAGGCCUUCCUAUAGGAUCAUAUGUGGGUCCACUGCAGCUGCUAGCAAUCUGGAAAAGAUGCAGAUGGUUUUAAGACCUGCUGCAAUCACACUCCUGCAUGCUCCAAAGGGCCUUUUCAUCUUUCUUUAGGACCAUUGCACAGGCCUCACAAUCAGAUAAGUGAUCCAAUAGCCUAGUAUCAUAUACUCAAGAGCAUUCAGGGCCUUAGGCACAGGGGUGGGAUUCUACCAGUUCGAUUCUCCAGAACCGGUUGUUACA